AUGGCUAAGGAGCUGUGGAAGUUCCUGGAUAAGAAAUACAAAACAAAAGAUGCAGGGGCCAAGAAGUUCAUUGUGGGUCAAUUCUUAGAUUACAAGAUGGUUAACUCCAAGACAAUGAUUAACCAAGUCCAGGAGCUUCAGGUGGUUGCUAUCUUUGAAAUGCUGCCUCCCAGGUGGAAGAACUUCAAGAACUACCUGAAGCACAAGCAAAAGAAGAUGAAUAUGGAGAAAUUCAUUGUUAGACUUCGUAUCGAAGAAGACAACAAGAGUUUAGAGAGAAAGUUGUUCUCUCUGGCUACUGUGAAAGCUAAUGUGGUCGAGCAUGGUCAAAACUUGAAACGGAAGAACAACAAUCUAAAGGAGAUGAUGAAUCCUCUUCUACUGAGCUCUAGACUGUCCGAGUUUAUGCGAGGGAAAGCUGUGUUAACAAUUAAUUUACAGCCUAAGCAGAAUGCGUCGGAGUGGAGUGGGGUUGCGGCUAGCGAUGCCUUCGCCAUCGACGAGACCAACCUCUUCGAAACCCUAGGCGGAAUCCAGCCCUUCGUCGAUCUCUCAACCAAUUUCUACAACAGGGUUUACGAUGACGAGGAGGAGUGGUUCCGCUCGAUCUUUUCGAAUUCGAAGAAGGAGGACGCGAUCCGGAACCAGUACGAGUUUUUCGCUCAGAGGAUGGGAGGCCCUAAUCUGUAUUCCAAGAGGAGAGGUCAUCCAGCUCUGAUCGGACGACAUGCACCAUUCCCAGUUACACACCAAGCUGCUGAGAGGUGGCUGCGCCACAUGCAACAAGCACUGGAUAGCACCUCAAGCAUCGACCCCGAUUCAAAAGUCAAAAUGAUGAAUUUUUUCAAGCACACUGCUUACUUUCUUGUGGGUGGUAAUGAGAUGACAAAGCAAAUGCAACAAAGCCAAUGUAAGCAUUGUGCAAAUGGAUCAUCAACAUCCACAUAAGAUUUAACUUGCUCUUGAAUUGACAAUUGUUUGACAUUAUGUAUAAUACUCCAAAUCAUGUUACUCUGCCCAGCAUGUGCGAAUAAAUCUCAUGAAUGCACUCUGUGACUGUUUAUCAUUA